AUAUAUUGAAUAUUAAAACACACAGACAGAAGCCUACAUAGAAAAGCUAGUAGUAUUAGUCCAAAAACCAGGGUGUCUUUCUUUUGCUUUUUACUUGGUCUGCACACUUAGAAUGCGACGUUCCUGCAGCACAUUUUAUUAUUGUUCGAAAAAAAAAAAACUCGUGUACUAAUCGAAAGGUUGAUGCUCAUGUUUUUGAAUUGUACCGGUUUGAGGCGCUGCCCCGCCUUGUCUGCCUAACCCUCGGCUCCUGCAAGAUGAAUUGACAUGGCUGAAGGAAGUAUUCCCCCCCUGCUGAAAAACAUUUCUACUGGAUAUCAGGACCGGGGUGGACUCCGGAUUCCCUGGGUGGUAACUUUGCUGGCUACGGUUCUUAUCACAACCAUCGUGGUAGACAUAUUAGGCAACUUGAUGGUGAUAAUCUCGGUCUUCAGGAACAAGAAACUGAGAAAAGCAGGAAAUGCCUUUGUGGUUAGUCUGGCUGUAGCAGACCUGGUGGUAGCCAUUUAUCCGUACCCUCUGGUUCUCUCUGCCAUUUUCCAUGACGGCUGGAGCCUGGGCUACAUCCACUGUCAGAUCAGUGGUUUCCUGAUGGGGCUGAGCGUGAUUGGCUCCAUCUUCAACAUCACGGGCAUCGCGAUCAACCGCUACUGCUACAUCUGCCACAGCCUCAAGUACGACAAGCUCUUCUCUAACAAGAACACCGUCUGUUACGUGAUCCUGCUGUGGGUCCUCACCAUCCUGGCCAUCGUGCCGAACUGGUUCGUAGACUCCCUGCAGUACGAUCCCCGCGUCUACUCCUGCACCUUCGCGCAGUCCGUCAGCUCGCUCUACACAAUCACCGUGGUGGUGGUCCACUUCAUCCUGCCCAUCAGCAUCGUGACUUACUGCUACCUGCGGAUCUGGAUCCUGGUCAUCAAGGUGAGGCGACGCGUCAAGCCGGACAACCGUCCCAAAAUCAAGCCCCACGACAUCCGGAACUUCCUGACCAUGUUUGUGGUGUUCGUGCUGUUCGCCGUGUGUUGGGCACCACUCAAUUUCAUCGGGCUGGCAGUUGCUGUGAUCCCAGGUCUGGGCCUCGCCAUCCCAGAGUGGCUUUUCACUGCCAGCUACUUCAUGGCUUACUUCAACAGCUGUCUCAACGCUGUCGUGUACGGGGUUCUGAACAGCAACUUCCGAAAGGAGUACAAGAGAAUUGUAAUGGCCAUUAUUAAGGUGCCUUGCUAAAAAAAAAAAGGCGGAAAAAAACUAUCCUGCAAUUUUGUGAUAAGGAAACAUUAAAGAGCAGCCAUGUGUUGAGUGUAAUUAUGUAGGACAAUCAUAGUGAAGAGAAUGCUGAAACAAAAUAACAAAAACACUGAAUGUAAAUGAGAAAAUUCAGUAUUAAUGUCAUGUUCUAUUGUAACUUUUACAUGGUGUCAUAUAUUUCAGUGCAUUAUGGGAACUUGAUCAUUUAUUCAGUGCAUUAUGGGAACUUUGAACAACUUGUUUUUUAUUUGGUCACUUGGCUGCUUUAUUGUUGAUAUAAAUAAACAGACAAUCCUAAGUGUAAGCCCCCCCCCCCCCCCCCUUUACAACAUGCUUCUACUGGCAUCAUGGAAGAAUGGGUUAGGAAGUAAGAAUGUUGAUUACAAACUCCAUUUCAACUCACAAACCACAACAGAAAUUACCUUGUAUAUAAUAUAUUGGUAUAGUGCCAAAAGACAUUCAUUAGUACAACAAUAAAAAAAAAGAAAAAAGCUAAAAUUAGACAACGUUUAAUCAUUUUGAAUCAACCAUCCGAAUUAUUUUAAAACCGCACUGAAAUGGCUUAAGUGCUGCCCUUGGUCGCCCUUGGUCCAAUCAGCAAAAGGCAACGCCAGGCUCAAUGAAACCAAAGUCAGGGGAUUCAGAAGUGAUUAACUCUCUUUUGAAAGCUAAAUCCCUCCAAUGUCUUUAUCCCAGCCUUCCCGCUACACACGUUUCUGUGGUCUGCCUAGUUGUUCUAUCAAUGCAGAACUCCAGAUAAUGGGGAUACAAUUCAUUUCCGAUUCGUGGUUUAGCACCUUGGAUUUGUAAGGAUAAAGCCAUCCAUACUCUAAGCUUUAUAGAGCAUUAAAACAUUAGAUUUAACAUACAAUUGUUGUAGGCAUCUCGUACCAGCAAUACAUCUUUUAGUAAUAUUUUUUUUUGCACUUUUAACAUGCUUUUCCAAUGGUUAUACUAUGCAUUUACCAUAGUUUACCAUGUUUAUUAAUAUGCUUUACCUAUCUGUGCUUUACAAUGCUGCCCUAUGCUUUACCAGACCUCUCACUAACAAAGUAGUACAGCAAAAAAUUGAAUAAAAUCAGCCCAGCCACCCAAUCAUGCAAAUACAAAAAUCCUUUUUUAUUGCAAAUGGCAUAUCUUUAACUGAGUGUGUGCCCCAAACAGCAAUCGGCAUGUUCAGAGAAGGCACUUAAAGCUUAAUGACUAUCCCAUAUCCGAGGGGAUAGAAAAAAGAUCCUUUGACAACGGAUGCAGCAAAACAUCCUAACUGACCCUAAGAUUGCCAUCCUUCUACAAGUGUGAGAAACCGUGUAUUCUUAUCUUGUUACCUUGAUGUUGAAAAACUUCAUUGAGUUAGCAGGCAUCAGCUACAAAGCCCUGAAAGAAACCACAACAAAGUGAAGCGGACUGGGAAUUGCAUUUUAACGCAGCAGCAAUGGAAAGUGACUUACAGGGCCGUUUCCGUACCCUAUUGUGCUAAAGGUCUGUCUUGUUAAAUUUUUACCCUGUGAGAAAUGCAUGAUAUAAAUGUGUG